CCUGCUGCUCAGCGAGUGCUGUACAGCUGGCAAUUUACAGACAAUAACGCUGAAAGGAGUAAUUGGCUGCUAGGUGGACCACUACCCCGCAAAUUAGACCCGUGUUUGGUCGAGGAGAUGAAUUAACAGGAGUACUUGGAUAUUUAUGCGACUUUUAUCUCUGGGGGUUCAGUUAAUGAACGUGUGGAUCACGAAAAUCUAAGGCUCAGCUGCCCUCUCUCCACUGGAACCGUUAUAACCUCCUCAUACUGGCAAUAUAAGCUGAAGUAAUGGAGAAGACGAGACGUGGGCAAAAGUUAGCAUUCAGCCUCCUGUUUGGGUUGUGGUUGCCUUGCUGUUUAACCCAGACCACACCAUCAAACGCAGCCACAACAACACCUACACCAUCCCCAUCCCCGUCCCCCCAGCCCCAGACGGAGCGGCUAAAGUUGAGACUGGCUGGGUACCCUCGGAAGCACAACGAGGGCCGGAUAGAGAUUUUCUACAAGGGAGAGUGGGGAACUAUCUGUGACGAUGACUUCUCGAUAGCUAACGCCAACGUGCUCUGCCGCCAGCUGGGCUUCGUGUCAGCCACAGGAUGGACACAUAGUGCCAAAUACGGCAAGGGCCAAGGGAAAAUCUGGCUGGACAAUGUGCUGUGUAACGGAGGUGAGAAGAGCAUUGAAUUCUGCAAGUCUCGCGGCUGGGGCAACAGUGACUGCACUCACGACGAAGACGCCGGAGUUGUGUGCAAAGACGAGAGGAUUCCCGGGUUUGUGGACCCCAAUGUUAUUGAUGCCCACGUGGACGAGAACAAAAUAGAGGAGGUGCGACUCCGGCCUGUUGUUGCCAUGGCCAAGAAGAAGCUGCCCAUCACAGAGGGGGUAGUGGAGGUGAAAUAUAAAGACGGCUGGGCGCAGAUCUGCGACGUGGGAUGGACGAUCAAAAACACCCGCGUGGUCUGCGGCAUGCUGGGAUUCCCACAUGAGAGGAAAGUCAAUAAGAACUUCUACAAACAUCUGAAAAAGCAAGCAGCUGAGAAGGUCUCCAGGCCAAAGGUUAAUGUUUCAGCCGGUGGAAGGCAGACAUCCAAAGCUAAAGCUAACUCUAAGUCUAAACAGAGCAGCCCUGGCAAAAGGUUGUAUUUGGAGCGUCAGAAGAACUACUACUACGUCCACUCGGUGGCGUGUACAGGCACAGAGGUCCACCUGGCGGCCUGCCCCCUGGAGUUCAGCAAGCCAAACGCCACAUCGUCCUGCGAGGGUGGCAUGGCAGCGGUCGUCAGCUGCAUGCCGGGGCCACUGUUCAUGCAAAACAGUGGCUUAAAAAAGAAACUCAAGACCUCGACCAACGUGAGGCUGAAGGGUGGUGCCAGGGUGGGCGAGGGCCGGGUGGAGGUGUUGAAAGACAACGAGUGGGGCACGGUGUGCGAUGAUCGCUGGAACCUACAGUCAGCCAGCGUCGUCUGCAGGGAGCUCGGCUUCGGCAGCGCCAAGGAGGCUCUUACAGGAGCCCGCAUGGGACAAGGAAUGGGUCCAAUCUACAUGAACGAGGUGAAGUGCCUCGGUCUGGAGAAGUCCAUCUGGAACUGCCCCUUUAAAAACAUCACUUCAGAGGAUUGUCAACACAUGGAGGACGCCGCCGUUCGCUGCAACAUACCCUACAUGGGCCUCGAGAACUCGAUCCGAAUCACAGGAGGACGGACCCGUUACGAGGGCCGUGUGGAGGUGCUGAGUUCAGACUCUAACGGGACGCAGAGCUGGGGUCUGAUCUGCGGAGAGAACUGGACCACCAAGGAGGCCAUGGUGGCCUGCAGGCAGCUGGGCUUGGGCUACGCUAACCAGGGCCUGCAAGAAACCUGGUACUGGGACAGCAGUAAUGUGACGGAGAUGGUGAUGAGCGGUGUGAAGUGCACAGGAAAUGAGAUGUCUCUGAGUCAGUGCCAGCAUCACAAAACUGUCAACUGCCAGAAAGCGGCAGCAAAGUUUUCAGCUGGAGUCAUCUGCUCUGAGACGGCCUCUGACCUCGUCCUGAACGCCCCUCUGGUCCAGCAGACCGUUUACAUCGAAGAUCGCCCUCUGCACAUGCUCUACUGCGCUGCCGAGGAGGACUGCCUGUCAAAAUCUGCAGCCAAGGCCAACUGGCCGUACGGACACCGACGCCUGCUCCGCUUCUCCUCCCAGAUCCAUAACAUCGGCCGGGCUGACUUCAAGCCAAAGGCUGGACGGCACUCGUGGGUCUGGCACGCCUGCCAUGGCCACUACCACAGCAUGGAUAUUUUCACCCACUAUGAUCUGCUGAACUCCAAUGGCACCAAAGUGGCAGAGGGACAUAAAGCCAGUUUCUGUCUGGAGGACACAGACUGUCAAGAGGGCGUUUCUAAGAGGUACGAGUGUGCUAACUUUGGCGAUCAGGGAAUCACUGUGGGCUGCUGGGAUUUGUACCGCCACGAUAUCGACUGCCAGUGGAUCGACAUCACAGACGUCAAACCUGGAAACUACAUUAUGCAGGUUGUGAUCAAUCCCAAUCACGAAGUGGCUGAGAGCGACUUCACCAACAACGCCAUGAAAUGCAACUGCAAAUACGAUGGACAUCGAAUCUGGUUCCAUAACUGCCACAUUGGUGAUGCCUUCAGCGAGGAGGCAGAGAGAAGGUUUGAGAAAUACCCCGGACAGCUGAACAACCAGAUUUCUUAAUCCACAAUAAUUUCACAACAAUAUGAGAACGAAAAGUGGGGGUCGAAUAAAUAAAGACACACCUCACUAGCUCAAAAAGAAAGACACAAACCCUUUGCCUUUAGGUACCAAAAUGGACCCCCCCAUCAUGGAAGAAGCCAACAGUAUUUUCCUCUGGUGAAUGUGUCGUAUGUCUGAGUUAUUAUACUUGAAUAUUCAAGUGCUAAUUUUUUUCUGGAUUUUCUUUUCUCAGUCUAAUGUGAGCUAAGGCUAUAUUUUUAUCACAAAAUAGGAUUUUAUAAAGUCAGCUGUACAGUCUGUGUACGACAAAUGUACAGCCUGCUAUUGAAUGUGUUUGCUCCGAGUCAUGAAUGAGUUGUUAUUUUUUUAUAACCAGAUUUAUGUGUUAUCAUUUCAUAGCGCGUUUAAAAACCAAACAGGAACAGACGCAGCUCUGUGAAAGUCUUAAAUGCAGCUUCAUACUGGGUAUUAUGGGCAAAAGUGAAAGACUUUCCAAACUUGCAAUGGAAGUCAAAUCACAUGAAGCCUGACUCCAUAGUUUAAGUAUUUUUUACGAAUGUAUUUAUUGCCAAUAUCAUGGUGCUCAAGAACAAAACCUGUUCUCUAGGAUUCUUGUCAGUUUGCUUUGGAACCAGUGUGAAAACACCUGUAGCUUUAGCCUCUAUGUAUUUUAAUAGUCUUUUAGAGCCAAGACAAAAAAAUGACCCUGAUGAUUUGCUGUUUGUAUGCUGAUAUAAUCACACCCGCGGCACCAAAUAAAAAGGACAGGAAUGAUAA